GUAUCCUGCAUUCAUCAAUAACCCGUCAACACCUACACUACAUGAUAUUAUUAAUGUUACCUUUUUUAUGAAUGUCUGUAUGUUAGCAUGCUUGUUUUUAACAUGUAAAAAUUGAGUCUUUGGUACCAAAUGCAUCACAUGGUCUUUUUUUCCAGACCUGUUUUUAGACAAUCAAGUCGUUUUUGUCCAACCAGAAUAACACUGGAAAGUCCUCAUCUUUCAAAGAAAAAGAUCAGUGGGGAAAAGUUGACUCUGGAAGUCAGGACUGCUUAUACAGUCCACUUUUUCCACCGUUCCAGAAUGAGGAAAUAAAGAGGCCAGUGUUUCAUUACUCCUGAACAUUUAAUAUGGUUGGCCACUGCCUUUUUCACCACAGCACAGCAUGGCGCAGGAACUUUUAUAAGCAGCCGUAUGCCAUCCACAGUAGCCUGGGGCCUGGAAGGACCUCUCCCCAGUAAAACCGGGGAGCAAGAAAUAAGUGGCUCAAUUAUAUGUGUGUGUGUGUGUGUGUGUGUGUGUGUGUGUGUGUGUGAGAGAGAGAGAGACAGGGCUAGACUGGAAAUAAAGAGCUGCAUUGAAUUGGCUGUUAGUCUUAAGCUGGCCUCCACAUGUUGUAAAAAUACAGACGCAAAGCAGAAGCAGGUUACUGUAGGGCACAGAGCGAGAAAGAGACUUUCUUUGUGUGUCAUGUGCUUUUAGGGAAGUAAAGUGCUCAAGUGAGUCAUCGAGGGCACUGUUCGUCUCUCUACUAUCCAGUCUCUACACUUGGUGAAGAUGUAGUCUCUUUGAUCUCUAUGGAGAUGUCUCCAAACACAGUCUCCUCUGCCUCGUUGCCAUGGUCACUGUGGUUGCUGUUCUUCCUGACCCCCAUCACCCAGACAACUGAAACUUCUCUGCCGGCCAACACCACACUGUUGUUCGACAGUGGCGCCCCAGGCCACAACCUGCGGAACUGCAGCUGUUCUACACCCAUCCAGGACUGCAACGAGGCUCUGGCCAACUCGCUGUGCCGAUGCCACACCGUUUUGCGCACCACUCUGCCUCCUGCUGGGCUCAGAGAGUCCGGACGGCUCACUGUCUGGGUGAAGGAGCUUUGGAUCUUGGAGGAGCUGGUGAACAGGAGCAUGGCUGGCCAUUUACGGUUGUCCUUUUGUGGAAUAAAACCAAUAGACAGUCAAUACCUAGCUCUGCUAGGUCUACAGACCCUCAGGAUCCACAGCGCAGCACCAGAAGCUCCUUACCCCAACCAGGAAAUUACAAUUUCUCCCAAAGCAGGAGUUGCCGCUGAGCUAGAGGCCCUCUCCUUUGACUUCUCCUCCGCAUUUCAUGUGACCUUUCUGGAUGUAGCAGUGCUCAACGGGCUCUCUGCCCUAAAGGCUUACACUGUGGUGGGACCACCUGCUCACACCCUCUCCCAGCACUUCCCACACAUGGCCUUGCCCAUUUCUUUGCCAUCCUCUGCUACUUCUGAUGACCCUACAGACCCAGACGAGCAGGCUGCAGGGUCUCUGGAGAACCUGUUUUUUACAUUUGUCUACUGACAACAAGUUCUCAUUCGAGGGCACCGUCUGGUUUGCAGUGACUGUACAGAACACAGCUGGAUUUUUUGUUGUCCUUUUGCAAAGGCAAAGUUGCACAUCUGACAUAUUUUCUGUGGGAUAUAUUGGCUUUUUGUAUGACUGACUGUUGUACUGUCAUUCUGGCCGAAAUGUGGCUUUAAACAGUGUCUCAAGAGAAACAUCUUUCUCCCCCUGAUGCAUUUUGUUCAAGGAGACUUUUGACUUCACAACUUUUACACCUGCUGCUGUUUUUCCAUCCCUGAAAGGAAUUUCGUAGAUAUGCACUCAUACUGCAACAAGGUUUGGCAAUGUUUACAGCUAGCUAAAAUUUCUUACUGCAGCAUAAUUUGGGGAUCACCCCAAAAUUUACUAACCAAAACGGAUCUGUACAUCUACAACAGAGGUAAUAGGUGCUGAUAUCCUAACUUUCGGAACUGCUGCACAUACAGGGGCUUCAACACCAUGGUCAAACGUAUAAAUAUUAUGGCAGGAGUGUUUUACAUUCAUGUACACAGUCUUAAGGCAUCCAAUAUUUUAAUUUAAUAAGGCACUCUUUAUAAAGGGGGUCCAUGCAAUUUGUUAGCAUAAUGCAUGAGUUUACGAUACAGUGAACUGUAACUAUCAGUCAUUUACAUCCACUGAUUGUUAGUUUUCGUAUGUGGUAUUUGGUGAUUGUGGUGCAACUUGGAAUUUUAUAUCAUGGCUCCAGUUCUUUCAUUAUCCUGAAAACCACACCUCCCAAAACAAUGCCAUCGGGCCACAUUCUUGUAUAUAAAUCUUUCUGUCUUAGUGAUGAUGGCCAUUGCCGACAGUCCUUGGGAUGAGUGUGGUUUCUGGUUCCUGAGUCCUCAGAUAUGUUGCCGUAUGUUAAAAGUUGGUAAUUUUGCCAUCUACGUUGUAGAACCGAAAAUACUUCCAAAUAUUACUUCUUAGAGGCUAUUGAUUAUCCAAUCGUCAGCUUACUGAUUGGUAAAUGGGCCAAGAUAACAAGUUUGUAGUCUGUGAAUUUUGAGUUUGAACUGGUCAUUACAGUUUAAAUAUUUAUUUUUUCCUGUAAAAGUUUGAAAUUUCAAUGAAAAAAAAGCCUGCAUAGAUCAGGUAGAGCCCAUAAAUAAAAACAAGUAUUGGGUCACCAGAUUGUGAAAUACCAUUGGCUGGUGUUUAUCCUUUCUAUUUGUUAAUAGUUUUUAAUGUAUUAAAUUUACUAAUUUAAUACAACUUAAAAAUCUUUCUAAAGGGUGACUUAUCAGGAAAAGGAAUUUAACAAUCUGGCGUCCCAAAAAAUGUAAUAUCUUUUAGGUGUUCUUUAAAGCAUUUGUAAAUGGUUUAUUGACCAUUAAUAAUUCCAUUAAUCAUGAAUUAAACUCUUUAAAAGGCUGCCUAAUUAGAAAGUGGUACGACUGUCUUUGUAGAGAUGAAUGACUCAAUGGAAAAGGAGCUUAUACAGACACAGUAAAAGCAAGCAGUAAAUCAGAUGUGUUAUGACUUACGUAUUCAAGCUAAUGUUGGCACGCUCCAGAUCCAGCAUCAAAGUUUCUUAUAGUCUGGAUGAGAAUGAGAAUACCUUUUACACAUAACUCUUGGAGUACUUAGCAAACCAUUCAUCUGUAGAUGUACUCAUAAACGUUACUCUCUAUGUACACUUAAAACACCAGGUAGCUGGAAGCCACAAAGGCUAUGGUUACACUAAAUAUUUUAACAAUGUUUUUCUUUUUUUUGAAAUCUCAUCUCUCUGUGUCCACAUCUGGUCUUAAAAACUCCCUGACGUGACUGAAUGACAAAUGGCAACUGACAAGUGUAACUGUCCAGGCAGACUGUAGACUGAUAUGCCAUCUGCUAAAACAAUAUCUGAGACAAACCACACGCUUGCUCCCAAAGAGCGAUGAGAUGUUCCAGAUCCUAUUCUCGACUGCCAAGUGGGUGUGAGUUCCCAUCCAGGUGUUGUCAGAUAUAUCAACGCAGCAGGAUAACAUGGACAGUAGGGAGGAGGCCUUUGACUAGACUUUAGCGGCUCCAAAUGGCUGCUAAGUCUUGAGUUGACAAAUUAGAGGAAAAACUGGAAAAAAUGAGUCGAGAAGCAUAACAAAUGCAGAUACUUCAAUACAGGACAGGAGGACUCACUAAAUGGUUUUAUAAGUCUGAAAAUGCUGGACCAAAGUGCAGAAAGCACCUUCCACCACCUUCAUCGAAACACCAGAUGGGGGAAACCUUUUUAAAGACUUGAAGUUUCUUUGUUAUCAAGCAUUGAAGCUAGAGUGGAUGAUGAGUAUCCUGUAUCAUGGUCCUAAACUGAACCAGGAUGAGGUCUGAUAUCUCAGUAGAAGCAUUCCAGUGGAACUUCCAAAGUUACAGGGCUAACUACAAACCAUUUCACACUGUGAGAUCUAUGCUGGUAAACUCUAAAAGUGGGCAACUAGUCAGUUACUUUGUGGUAAUUGGAUUAAAUACACAUUUGUGUGAACAUACGCAAAGCACAAUUAGAAACUAAGGGUGUUAAUGUGGCUACGGCAUGUUCAGACAUCCUUGGGAACUUGUCUUUUAGAGAGGACCUGUGUCAUCUAACUUCAAUACCUUAAUAUUUCAGUUGAUAUCAUGGUUACAUGGCAUAUCCCUAUAAAAAACGUAUCUCAAAAAAACUGGCAUUCAGCAAUGGGAAGAUAUCCAGCGUAGAAAUACUGGUUUGUUUCUGUGACUGGGAAAAAUAUAAAGUCUGGGCUGCUUAAUUGGAUCCCCUAGCAUUUUUAUUUCCUCCUAGGUGGUUUAUCCAGCCCUGGAUCAGUGGGCAAAAAGAUGUCUAUCUAUUUACGUUAAAACCAGGCUAUAUUUAGCGAACAUCUGGGUUACAUAAUCCACUCUUUUAACCACAUUUCUAUGAGUAAACAUGUUGCAACGUAUGUGGGAACAUGUGGCAGGUCUUGUAGAACACCUACAUGUUGAAAUACUGUACAGUAUAAAUGAGGUGCUGUGGGGAAAGGAUAGAGCAAAAGGACAAAUUCCUGCCUCAGGGAUCAAUAGAGCAUCAUAAAAAAACAAGAUGUACUGUGGCAGCUGACUGCAGUGAACACUGGCUGGAACCAAUCCAGAGAAUCCAGAGUGGGGUCACAGUCUGCGCCAGAGUUGGAUGAUACUAUUGUGUCUGGAAGGAAGCUUUGAGUGUUGCGCUGCUUCGUUGAGGAUAUUUAAAACUGUAAAUAAUAGUAAAAGUCAAGAUAUAAGGACUGUGGCAAAAAAGGAGAAUGUAUAAGAGAACAAAAAAACAUAGAGGACAAGGACUGUGUCAGUCUGCUGUGGUAUGAGCUGACAGAGAGGCGCAGUAGGCUCGCUGUUAUGAAGGCUGCAAUCUGCUGCUGCGUUUUUCCAGCUGGCCUUAUUGAGUGCAGAUGGCCUAAUAAAACAAGUUGUUUUGAAACAGGUUAAAAUGGACGCCCAAUGAACAAGAGUCCCAGGGUUAGGAUUCUAUCUCGCCCAGCCAACAAAUCUCACUCUUUUUUGGAUCAAAACAAUGACUUUGACUCUCUGACGUGUUGGAUGAGCUGCACAUUUAUGAACCCACUUGAAGCCAAGUUGGCAGAGCUCUGUCAUGGAAGAGGGGGAAGUAAAUGAGAAACUUUUCUCAGAUUCAGUCACUCCAGAGCUUUUUGUCAAAAGUCAAUCUGAAUUUCUCUAAACUUUUUGAAUGGUUUUUCUUUUUGCAUAUGUUUACAGUCACGGUAACCAAAUGAGAGAGAGGUUGGCGGACAGAAAGUAAAAAGUUGAACAUGUAAGAACUCUUUCUCUCUCCGGUUCCAACCCAUAUCCUGUGAGAGACUUUGUGAAAGCUGCUCUCACAAACACAAUCCGGGGCCAACACUUCUGUUCUGCAGAUCAUUCAGGACUGUUCUGGGUUUGUCUGUGUGUGUGUGUGUGUGUGUUUGCACGUGUGUGUGUAUGCAAGCAUCCAGGCAUGAGCACAUGGGUGUGGCUUUGUGUGUGCACGUGCUUGCAUUCAUCUCCCUUUCAUCGACAUCACUUUUAAUUUGUCACUUUAGAAUUACAGUUCAUUCAGAUCUGAUGAUAGGAUCCAGUGCAGAUGCAAUGUGUUGAGGUGCUGUUUGUGUUGUAUAUACUUUCCUUAUGCACUGAUUAUGUGUAAGUAAACACUGUCAGUGAAACAAAGUUGCUACGAAAACUGUUGCAUUACUGUGUUGUAAUUAUUUAGAACUACAUCUAAAUAAAUUGAGUUUGCACCAUUAUUCUGUAACUCCUGUUCGGUGACAGUCCAGAAAAACAGCCACAAUGUGUGCAAUGCAUUUUCUUAUUUAUCUAAAAGUGUGUAAAACUUAAAUCCAAAAGGUUGUAAUAGUAGACCUAUUUUUUUUAGAUAAAGAGAGCAGAGUUCAUGUUCUUGCAGGACUUCUGCUGCUCAGUUACUCCACACCCCAAAGAAACUGGCCUUUAUUAGUAACGCAGUUCAGAAACUUGAUGUUGAGUGCCUCUAGUUUAUGGAAAACGCUACGCUUUUCUAAUAAUGUACUUUUUGAGGCUUGAAAGGGUUGCUGAACUUCUUCAACCUGUAUCAAAACUAAUGAAACCAUGGGCUGUAAAAGCCGAUAAGUCCCACUUUAGAUUGUAGAAAAACAUUUUUGACAUCACCCAUAAUACUCUAAAGGAUCAUUUUAAAGUCUUUAUGCCCUCUGUUUUGGUCUCCACCAACUCCUGACAAAUAGAUUUGGAUUAAACAUUGGGUUUACCCAACUUGUUCUCAUUGCCAGGACGUCAAAUACAUACUUGUUGGUAUUUCCACUCCGAUGUAAUUUAUCUGAGUAAGGUGAUCUUGUGUAAAGAGUAACAAAGUCCAUGUGAAAAGGUUGGUUGAGGUGGAUGGAUGGGUCAAACAAACACAGGACUUUCACUGUGCAGACCGAGGUUUGUACGUGAGAGUCAACAUUGACUUAUUUAGUUUUAAGUUAUGUACGUGAUUUGUUUCACAUAACAUACUUAUUUUAACCCAAAUCAUGUUCUUUUCCUAAACCAGACCAAGUAGUUUUGUUACCUAAACCUAACCAAACUGUGACUAACUGUUUCACAACGUUAACCAUGUGUUAAAAAGGUGUUUCAUACAGAUGCUGAGAGAAAGCAGUGCUGACCUUGGAUGAGAAUGUAAUAGAUUUAAAAAAUAAUAAUAAUAAUUAAACUAAAAAACAGGCACAGUCAAAAAUUAUGCUACAAGACAAAACAAUAAGCUUAAAAACACUACGAAAAGACUUUGUAGGUUUGUUACUCCAACUGACCCCUUUCAAAUGCACAUUUGAUCCAUUGACAAUUCUUUAACAAUACAAAAAACUAGCUAACUAGCUCUCUUCUUACCAACUUUAUAGGUUUAAUCUUGGUUAUUAAACUACAUCUACAUUAUUCAUACCCCCUUUUUUUAUUUUAGUUCUAUAUUUGAGUAAAAGGAGUUAUCUAUGCCACAUUGCAAAACACUUGGGACUUGAAAUUAGCCAAGGCCACAAUGUCUUAUGUACAAAGGGAAUUACUUUUCGCUUCAAUACAGUUAUUCGUUUUUUUGUCACCAUCUAGUGGCCACUAACCCUGUACGUGACACACAGGGUGAGUUUAUCUUGAUCUUUUCACCUUUUGACAACAAUACAAACACCUUACUGUGUAUCUAGAUGUACUGUGUUUCUUAGUUUAAUGUGGACUUUUUCCUGUCCUGUGAUUGUUAGGUAGGGCUGCAUCCUGGCACUGAAUGCACUUUCUUACUGUUGCUUUAACACAUGGAUAUGGAAACAGGAUGGUAACUAUAACGUCUGGGCCUCAUACCCCUUUUCUGGAUUAGGCUGUAUGUCUUUGUUGAACAGAAACUGUUGUUUGUUUGUUUCUUGUCUGUGAGUUGUUAACGAAAUCGUCUAAGCUUUUCUUGACGCCUUUGCACGCCUUUUGGUUGCCUUGAAGCCAACACUCAGCGGGUACAUGGGAACAGACCGUGAGUUUAUUCACCCAUAACAUUGGUGGAAACUUACCGAGCAUUUUGUGCAGCCAGAAAUCCGCCUUUAGUCACUCCCAUCUGGUGAAUGGGAUGAUUACACACCUCCACAAGCCACCUUUAAUGGUUUUCAGACAGGAUGUUUAGAGCAGGCCAUGAGUAUUUGGGUUAACGCUCCUGUCAGCACACAUCACGUCUAGAACAUUCUGCCACAAAAUGGGUGAAAAUGAGAUCACUGGGUUUUUUGGGUUUGACAUCACUCUCUUGUGUUAGAGCGUUGACUUCUUUUUCCUAUUCUUUCUUCUCUCUUGAUCUUCAUUACAGCACCUUAAAUACUUGCAUCAGGGAAUGUAAUUAUUCAAAUGUAAAACACAGAUUUGUUAUGAUUAUGUGUAACCCACGGCUAAGUGCCUUAAGAUGAUUUGUAAACUUUGCAACGUCUGACAUGUUUGGAGACUCAUGGGUGAAUCAUGUACUGUUUAAGGAACAGAUUGUGUAUUUAGAAAUGGUUUGGCAGGUUUAGUUUGUAUAUAAUUUGGCUUAUUUAAGCAAAUUCCUGGAGAUUAUUUGUUUAUUAUGAAAAAACGAUGUGGAUUGUUACUUUUGUCCGCAAACUGUUUCUCUGUAUGGUCUGAGAUAAUAAAGUUUUUACAAAG